CGAUUUCAACUGGGCCUGCUCCAUGGCUUCGCGGCUUCCUUGGUCAUGAGCUUUGCGGCCCCCGCGGUUCUGUAAACUCCGUUUACUUUUCAACCAAACGUGUGCCCUGCGCAUUUUCAUUGCCCCCCAUUCUUCGAAUAAACGCGCCGUUUUACGUUCGCUAAUAAUCGUGCGCGCGAUCAUGAUACUCUUUGUGUGUGAGUCUACUUUGCUACUUUUAGUUUUGUCAGGACACGAGACACUUGACAGUAGCCUGCCGUCAUCAGGCUCAUCAGCAUGAUACCAUCUUCCAACAUGGCCUGGUGAUGUACGUUGGUUGGAAUCCAAGGCUGACAUAGAGUUCUGGUGGGCCCUUGCAAAUCCGUUAAUUGGAGGAGAAGAAGAUAAUUUAUAAAAAAAUAUUAAAACAAAAAUCCGCUACGCUGGAGGUGAUAAAGAGAAGGAGGAUGGUUUCAUUGCCGAGCACUGAAUCUGGCAACAUGGAUCGAAUGGACCGACUGACGGACGACGACGAUGAUGAGCCUAGCAGUGGAUCAGAGGCAUAUGACGAUGGUGACCUCAUGCAACAAGCUAUGGAUGACGAUGUGACGGCCCAGCUCGCCGCUGCAGGUUGGCAAUACAAAUGCGCUAAUGGACCUGUUGGUGUUGCCGCUGCAGCAGCAAUCGUAUCAGCUAAAAAACGAAAAAGACCACACAGUUUUGAAACAAAUCCCAGCAUUAGAAAACGCCAACAAAAUCGUUUAUUAAGAAAACUCAGACAAACCAUAGAUGAAUUUGCGACACGAGUCGGUCAACAAGCAAUAGUAUUAGUAGCCACACCUGGAAAACCAAAUAGUAGUUACAAAGUAUUUGGAGCAAAGCCUCUUGAAGAUGUAGUUAAAAAUUUAAAAUCAAUGAUUAUGGAAGAAUUAGAGAGCGCAUUAGCACAACAAGCACCACCACCUGUUCAAGAUGAUCCAUCGUUAUAUGAAUUACCGCCAUUAAUUAUUGAUGGGAUACCAACACCAGUUGAAAAAAUGACACAAGCACAGCUCAGGGCAUUUAUACCGUUGAUGUUAAAGUAUUCUACAGGUAGAGGUAAACCAGGUUGGGGUAGAGAAAGUACACGACCACCAUGGUGGCCAAAAGAAUUGCCAUGGGCAAAUGUACGUAUGGAUGCAAGGUCUGAAGAUGAAAAACAAAAGAUUUCUUGGACGCAUGCGCUGAGACAAAUAGUCAUAAAUUGUUACAAAUUUCAUGGAAGAGAGGAUCUGUUACCAGCCUUCAAUGAAGACGACGAUAAAUCAAAUAUUUUGGUUCAGCAGACGACACCACAUUCGUCGCAUGCAUCAUCAAGUCAAGGACAAAAUGAACAACAACAACAGCAGCAGCAACAAACGGUGGGAGUUGUUCGGCUUAGCAGCACGGGUUCAUCUAAGGGAAACUCUUCGCCACAACAGAUUCUUUCCGCGUCACCUACAUCUCUUGCCACUGCCACUCAGAUGACAACACAGUAUCCAACAACUGUUUUACAAACGAUAUCGAAUCCCGAUGGAACUGUAUCAAUUAUUCAAGUAGAUCCAAGUAAUCCGAUAAUAACAUUGCCCGAUGGUACAACUGCACAAGUUCAGGGUGUUGCCACUAUUCAUACGAGUCAAGGUGACGUUCAAACAAUUGGUGAAGUAGGAGGUGCUGAAGGCAGUGUUUCUGUUGACAUUAACAGUGUCACUGAAGCAACACUGGGUCAAGACGGUCAAAUUAUUCUCACAGGAGAAGAUGGACAUGGCUAUCCAGUCUCAGUGUCCGGUGUGAUCACAGUACCAGUAUCAGCAAGUAUGUACCAAACAAUGGUGGCUAACAUCCAAAGUGAUGGUACCGUUCAAAUGGUCACACCAAUGGUACAAGUUCCAAAAGUUGAACCGGGAAAUGGAGAGACUAUUGAAGCUGUUACUAUUCAGGGUCAUCCGAUGACGAUGAUAAAUGCUAAUGGUGAACACCAAGUGUUACAAGUGAUAUCACUCAAGGAUGCUAAUGCGUUGACAAAAGCAAUGCAAGGCGAAAUAAUAAAAGACGAAGACAGCCAGCAACAGCAAACAGUAUCAAGUCCCGAAUGAAGCGAGGUUUACUCUAUAGUCUUGUCGGAAUGAUUUUUAUUAUUAAUAUCGUUACAUACGAUCAUUGUAAUAAUAAUUAUUUCAAUGGAAAUACGGCAAAUGACUAUAGAAGUACGAAUUUUAAUAAUUCAGUACUAAUUACUGUGUUAAUUGCACAGUAACUCUACACUAUCUCUGCUUAUAAAACUAAGGAGAGAUUUUAAAAAUAAAAAGACAUUAAAAACAGACAAUGAUUGAUAAAUUUAAUUAAAAAUAAAAAUAAUAAACAAUCUGAUGAGUGUGCAUGUUAAAGCGUGGUUAGUUUUUUUUUGAUCUUAUUAUAAUAAUUAGAAAAAAAAAAUGUAUUACUGUAAUGUGUUUUAUUGAUGGUGAUGAUUAUGGUAAAGAGAAAUGAUGAAU